CUGAGCUUGGACUUUGACCUUGGGCUAGUACACCAACCUUCCCCGGUUUAGCCACUGACUACACAAUCUGUAGGCUUUAGAUUUAGGUAUGGCUGUACAUGAUGCUGCCUGUAUGUUUUCCUCACUGUUGGUAAUUGGGACUGAAUGCAAACAAAAACUUGUUGCAGACCUCUGAACUUGUCCAGUGUGUUGACUCCCACGAACAAACAAAAGUUGUGCCCUAUUGCUCUUCAACCCUGUACGAGUGGUAGCAGCCUGCAGUACAACUGCCCUGCAAUGGGCUACUUUAAAAUAACAUGCUUCCACUCAGGCAGAAGUUAUGGUGGGCAUCUGGAAAACUAUGCUUUGCCAUCCAGCAGGAAUGCAAAAGAAUUUCGAGAGGGCUUCCAUCACGUGUCAAUUACAACAUGAAGAGCUUGUUGCUACUUCUCCUAGCAGCCUUUGGACUUUGCUGGAGCCAGUACACGUCAAAUCCUCAACCUUUAAAGACAUCUAUUGUCCACCUUUUUGAAUGGCGCUGGGUUGAUGUUGCUCUUGAAUGCGAACGUUAUUUGGCACCAAAUAGAUUUGCGGGUGUUCAGGUUUCUCCUCCAAAUGAAAACCUUGUCAUCAUGAAUCCCUGGAGGCCAUGGUGGGAAAGAUACCAGCCCAUCAGUUACAAGUUAUGUUCACGUUCUGGAAGUGAAGAUGAAUUUAGAAAUAUGGUGACCAGAUGCAACAAUGUUGGAGUACACAUUUAUGUGGAUGCUGUGAUCAACCAUAUGUGUAGCUCUGGGGCUGGCUCUGGCUAUGAUGGUAUCUGUGGGAGCUUCUUCGAUGCAGCUGUGCGAGACUUCCCUGCUGUUCCAUACUCUAGCUGUGAUUUCAGUGACCAAAUAUGUAAAACAGUCAGUGGGGAUAUUGAAAACUACAGUGAUCCCAUUCAGGUUCGCAACUGUCGCCUGUCAGGUCUUGUUGACCUAGCACAAAGGAAAGAGGAUGUGCGUACAAAAAUAGCCGACUACAUGAACCGCCUGAUUGAUAUUGGAGUGGCUGGGUUCCGGAUUGAUGCAGCCAAACAUAUAUGGCCCCAGGACAUAAAUGCUAUCUUAAGCAAAGUAAACAAUCUAAAUACACAAUGGUUCACCAAAGGAUCACGACCAUUCAUCUAUCAGGAGGUAAUUGACUUGGGUGGCGAAGCAGUCCAGAGCUCUGAAUACUUCAGAAACGGCCGAGUGACUGAAUUUAAAUAUGGCACACAACUUGGGACUGUCCUCCGCAAGUGGAACGAAGAAAAGAUGGCAGCUUUAAAGAGCUGGGGAGAGAAUUGGAACAUGAUGCCCUCUGACAAAGCCAUCGUCUUCAUAGAUAACCAUGAUAACCAGAGGGGACAUGGUGCUGGAGGGGCCUCCAUUCUCACUUUCUGGAACCCAAGACUCUAUAAGAUGGCGGUUGGCUUUAUGCUUGCUCAUCCCUAUGGGUUUACAAGAAUAAUGUCAAGCUACAGGUGGCCAAGGGAUAUCCAGCAUGGAAAGGACUUGAAUGAUUGGGUUGGACCACCAAGCAAUAGUGAUGGAACAAUUAAACCUGUUACAAUUAAUCCAAAUGGCUCUUGUGGAAAUGAUUGGGUCUGCGAACAUCGUUGGAAUCAGAUUAGGAACAUGGUGAGGUUCCGGAAUAUUGUAUAUGGACAGUCCAUUACAAACUGGUGGGACAACAAUAACAAUCAAGUGGCAUUUGGACGUAAUGGCAAAGGAUUUGUAGUGUUUAAUAAUGAUGACAGGUUGCUGAUGGAGAGAUGCAGGGUUGGGUUGGCCUGUUACAGAAAGACUGAUGUGCUCAAAAGACCGGAUGGCGAUUUUCUGUGCCUUGUCCAUCUCUCUUUGCCUGUGAAUACUGAGAUGAACAGAUGCAUGAAUGGCCCUGUAAAAAUGCACCCUAAAAUGAUUUAUAUCACAUUAAGAGAUGUAGUACGUUUCUGUGGAAGAAGCCAGUCGAAUUAGUAACUGGUGUGAUCGUACAAUGAAUCAUUAGGCAUAUGAAUUAAAAUACAGUGGACCCUUGACUUACA